AAGCGUUCCAGUCUACCCCGAAUGAAAAGUUACGAUGCUGUUGUUUUUGAUGUACUCAGAGUCUCUCCUGAUGAUUUUGCUAGUCAAAUAACAUUAAUGGAUUUACCAGUAUUCCAAGCCAUCCAGCCAGAUGAAUUAACAUCGUGUGCCUGGACAACCAAGACUAAAUUAAUUCGAGCUCCGUACGUGGUAGCCUUUACUCGUAGGUUUAAUCAUGUGAAUUUUUGGGUGCAGAAAGAAAUUUUAAAUUGUCAGACGCUGAAAACAAGAGCAGAAGUUUUAUCCCAUUUUAUAAAAAUAGCCAAGAAAUUACACGAUUUAAACAACCUCCACGCUGUCAUGGCGGUGAUAUCUGCGUUGCAGAGUGCUGCCAUCUUCAGGCUGUCCAAAACAUGGAUGAUGCUAUCAAAGAAAGAUAAAUCUAUCUACGAGAAGAUGGCUGAUCUCUUCUCAGAGAAUAAUAAUCGGCAGAAAUUACGAGAUUACAUGGACAACGUCAAAUUACCCUGUAUUCCUUAUCUAGGUCUCUAUCUAACUGAUCUGAUCUAUAUCGAUGUGGCUCACCCCCAUCAUGGAGGAUUAGAAAGUCAACCUAGAAGACUACAGAUGAAUAAUAUACUCAGAGUUAUUGCCGAUUUCCAACAGUCUAAUUAUGAAAACCUAACAGUAUUAGAACAUGUACAGAAUUAUCUGAAAUCUGUUCGAUAUAUUGAAGAAUUACAGAAAUUUGUCGAGGAUGAUAAUUAUAAAUUAUCGUUAAAACUGGAGCCAGCUACUAGUCAGGGUGUACCGUCAACGUCUGGAGAAGACAUUACGAUCAAUAUCCUACCUCCCUCUCCAGCAACCGAGCCUCGUCCUGGUUGUCUCUCCGUCGGUGGUUCGUCUAGAUACGCCCCUGGUCAUCGGAAAUCUCGUAGCUUAACGGCCAAUUUUAUGAGUUGUACUCAUCCUCAAGUUGAGAAGAGCUACAGUCUUCCGUCGAGAACGACAGCACCGUAUGUCCAGGGUAUCAGACAUCUUUUAGAUGAUAGUGUAUUAGAAGAGGAAUCACCGUGUGCCUCUAGUGAUGGCUCUGUUUACAUGACCGGUAAUAAAUGUUAUCCCUGUUUCAGGAUGCCAUGGGGAACGGAAGAAACAACAGGAGAAAUUUAUCAGGCUGCGUUUACGUGCGAAGGAUGUCUACGUCGUAAAACUUUGCUCAAAGACGGGAAGAAACCAACUGUAUCGUCAUGGUCACGAUACUGGGUUGCAUUAUGGGGAACAAAUUUAUUAUUUUAUCCGGCCAAAUCACUCAGGGGCUCCGAUAGAACAGCGUUUAAAACUAAUCCAAGUAAGAUGACGUCGAUUGUUGGUUGGAUGGUCGUAUUAGGUGAUAACCCUCUACACCCAGACGCCUUCCAACUCACUGAUCCUAAUCGAGGAAAUGUCUAUAAGUUACGAGCUGGCAGCCAAUCACAGGCUUUACAAUGGUGUAGAAAUUUGAGCGAGGCGUCGAAACGAUUUAAUUCUAGGGUAGGUAACUUUGGUGGUUUUUUUGUAAAGUUUUUUCAGCAGAAAUUAGAUUUGAAUUUCAUUAGAAGGAGUUAA